AUGUCUUUCCACACUUCGGCUCAGGACAUCCGCGUCGAUGGCGGCCAUAUGCUCAGGGCCCGCCUCCGCAAGGUCAACGGCGAGGAGGUGGACGCCGAGAUCGAUCUCAACGCCUUCAUCGGGAACAACGACGGGAGCUUCGAGUGGGGCGGUGAGAACUUCUCCAAGAGUGCCGAGAGCAUCAGCUUUGCGGUUGAGGGCGGUGCCUCGGUCCCGGUCCUCCGUGCCAACCUGCGAAACCGAAACGGGGAGUCUGUCCCAGCGAACAUUAACCUGGCGGAGCGUAUUGAGAACAAGGACGGGGCCUUCGUCUUCGGUAAGUAG